ACUUCUGAGGGCAUUGAUAAUCGCCGCACUACGUCAUCGCGACCCUCCCAUCUCGAGCUGUCAGACCUCGAAGAAACUUGCGUCUUACCCCAGAACCACGUCGCAAGCGACACACCGUAAUACAUAUUUCAAUUGAGCUCAUAUUCGUCUGUUAAUUACUUCCUCCCUACUUUUCUGCUGCAAGCAAGUCAUUGUCUCUACUAUCUAUCCGGAGACGAGAGAUCAUCCUCCAGCUUACCUACCUACCUUUCACACUCUCAUUGUCCUCCCGUCACCACGUAACAUCAGAGUCGGUCAAUUGGCCAUUGACACCCCAGAAAUACUUGCAAGAUGCUAUCCCGACAAUUUUUGCGCACAUCCACACGAGCCCUGCGCUCAGCGGGCGCUGCGCUGCCCCGCCAGACAGCAUCUCCCGCCAUGGCCACGGCAUUCCUACACACACAGCCGCCCAUGGCCACGCCGCCCAACAAAGAUAAGCGGGUGCCCGCACCCGGUGCUUUCGCCCGUACCGACGAUUCCAUCACUGUCGAGUAUCCCGAGGAGGGCGAGCUGCCUCCCUCGACCCCCGUCACCGGCCGCGGUGGUAUGCACAUGAAGCGCACGCUCGCUUCCUUCUCGCUCGAGGGCAAGGUUGGCGUCGUGACCGGUGGCGCUCGAGGCCUUGGUCUUGUCAUGGGCCAAGGCAUGGUUAUCAGCGGCGCCAAUCUGGCCAUCGUUGACAUGAACAAGGAAGAAGCAGACAGGCAGGCCGUCGAGCUCAUCGACUUGUUUCGUAGGGAGAAUCCAGGCUCAGCGCGCGUCCCCAAGGUGACAGCUCACUACGCGGACGUGUCUGACGCCGACUCGGUGCAGGCGUGCAUCGACGAAAUUAUUAAGGAGCACGGUCAGAUCGACAACCUUGUGACCAGCGCCGGCUUCACCGAAAACUACAACGCCGUCGACUAUCCCAUUGACCGCAUGCGUAAACUGUGGGCCGUCAACGUCGAUGGCACCUAUCUGUUCGCCGUGACUAUCGCCAAGCACCUGAUGGAGCGCAAGGCCAAUGGUAGCAUGGUGUUCAUCGGCAGCAUGAGUGGUAGCAUCGUCAACGUGCCACAACCUCAAGCUCCUUACAACAGCGCCAAGGCCGCCGUGCGACACAUGGCCGCUUCGCUAGCUGUUGAGUGGGCGCACGCCGGUAUCAGGGUGAACUGCAUCUCUCCAGGUUACAUGUUGACAGCCCUGACCGAGAAGAUUCUUGACGACAACCCGGAUCUGAAGAAGCAAUGGACAUCACUGAUCCCACAAGGCAAGAUGGGACAACCCGUCGACCUUAUGGGACCCGUCACCUUCCUGCUUUCGGACGCCAGUCAGUACGUCACGGGUGCGGAUCUGCGUGUCGACGGUGGGUACACUGUCACGUAAGGUGCAAAAAUAAAAAGUAAAAAAAAGUUCAGCGAGAAUUGUUUCUUUACCCAAUAGAAAGGCGAAUGCGAGUUAUACGAUGUAGGUGGGUUUUAGAGGGAAAUGGGAUAACUCCUGCAGUGAUCAGGGUUCUUGUCGGUCAUGUCUCGUGACGAGACAGGGAAAAUGCAAAAAGGGUCAUUCUGGGCGUUGAGAAUGGUUAGGGUAUGUAUUUCUUCAUGGAUGAGGCG